AUGGCAGAAAAGAUUUCAGACUUGAAAAACGUAAGUGUAUGCAAAGACUCUAGCGAUGAUGAACAAAACGACGACGCAGGAGAUGAUUGUGGGCUAUCACUAGAGAAGUUGAACCUUGGUCCUCGAAAGAAACUUCUUAUUCUGGGCCUAGGAGGCUUGCUCUGCCACAGGGUACACCGUCGUGACUGGUCAAGGGCAAGAUAUGGCAAUCAUGAUUCUUCCUACGGAAGCAUUUUUGUUUACAAAAGGCCCCAUUGUGAAGAAUUCAUUAAAUUUUGCCUUGCAAAGUUUGAAGUGGGAAUAUGGUCUUCUGCAACGGAAUGGUAUCUGGACAGCGCCUUGGACUGCAUAAUGAAGGGAUUGAAAAGCAAACUUUUAUUUGCUUGGGACCAAAAACAAUGCACUGAUUCUGGGUUUAUGGCCUUGGAGAACAAGAAAAAGCCCAUAUUUUUGAAAGAGUUUAAGAAGCUUGAGAGUCGCAGGAUUGAAUAUUCUGCAUCAAAAACGUUGCUGAUAGAUGAUAAUCCAUACAAGGCCUUGCUGAAUCCUCCUCAUACAGCAAUAUUUCCCAAUGAGUAUAAGACUGACCAAGUUGCUGAUUCGGCUUUAGGUCCUAGAGGUGAGCUGCGGCUGUACUUGGAGGAACUGGCGGAUGCAGAUGAUGUUCCUUCUUAUGUGAAAGAUCAUCCAUUUGGGCAGCCUGCAAUCACCCCUACACAUUCUGAUUGGGAGUUCUAUUCGAAGGUUAUUCGCCGUUUUCAGAAGGAAUGA